AUGGAAAACUGUGAACUACAGCUAAGGGACGACACCAAACGCUAUUUACGUCUAGCAUGUCUCUUGUUGCAUAUAGCUCCACGUGCACUGAGGAGACACUUUGACCAUGAAUUUCACCCGAACCAACUUCAAACAUUUCUUGUACAGAAACAAAAUAACAUAUUGAAACUUAAGCAGAGAAGGUGUAUUACUCAAACACAAUAUGAGUUAUUAUAUCCAGCAGGUGAACUAUCAUCAACGAACUUUGACAUGACUUUAAUGACUUUCUUAUUGAGACAUUUUACGGAUUUAAGUUUUUCUGACAAACUUCCAUCUGACCAUUUGAUAGAUCUUGGAUCUGACAUUUCGCGGUUGGGACACUACCGGAAUGUUAUUGUCCAUUCAAAAGAUGGAUGUGUUUCAGAAGACGAAUUUCGUACAGUUUGGGAUUGUGUUUCACAGGCUAUUAAAAGACUUGCACAAGAGUCAUUGUGCAAUGGAGAAAUUUCAUCUCUACUGGUAGCCUGUCUAUCCGGUACUAUUGAUGUGGCCUCAAUUCAACAAGAUGUUAAUCAACAGAGGCAAUUGGACGAAUUGACAGAAAGAGUAUUGAAAUUAGAAACGGAGAAUAUAAAUCGCUCAGAAAUAGGAAGAAAGACGAUGUCGAAUUGGUCAGAAGAAGAUAAAAAGUUUGUUAGAACAAAGAUUUUAGAACUCGUUACUAAAUCAUUAACAACACACAAAGCAGUAAUUUUAGUAGGACACGCAGGAUGUGGUAAAUCAGCAACUGCUAAGCAUGUGGCUUUAAAGUUACAAAAAGAAGAAGGAUACGAAAUUGAAGAAAUAUAUCAGCCUGAUGAUGUUGUCAAAUAUUACAAUUCAAAAACUAAACAAUUAUUCUUAAUAGAAGAUAUAUGCGGGAAAUUUUCAAUCGAUCAGCAAAAGGCUGAUCAAUGGACAGAAAAUGACUCGAAAAUUGAAAAAUUGCUACAACCAAACACAAAUAAUAAGUUUCUUAUUACAACACGAGUUGGUAUUUACAAGAGUGAAUGCUUUCCACAGCUGAAAUGUUUAGACAUUCAAGAGUUUAACUUUGAAGGUACUACUAGACUUUCACACGAGGAAAUGAGAUCAAUAGCACUAUCGUAUAUCCCUAGAGACAUAGCUCAUGGGAUAGAUGAUUCAACAUUUGAUCUAUUUCCAUUUUUUCCUUUAAUGUGUAAGAUUUACUCAAAUAUGACGGAGAAAGAUCCAAGUUUUUUUAAAUAUCCAAUCGAACUUAUACAAAAGGAAGUCAAUGACAUUAAGCAGAGACACGAGUCCUCGUUUAUAGCACUUUGCUUAUUAGUUCUUCACAACAAUGCUUUAGAUAAGAAGAUUUUCGAUGGGAAUUCAGCAAGAAUCACUAGUUGUGUUGAAAUGAUUAUUCGUGAAACUACAAUAAAAAGUUAUUAUUCGUUACUUGAAAUUGAGCAGAGCCUUAAACACAAGGUGCAUCUUUUCGUUUCAGAAAAUGAAUCUGAAUAUGUAGCCAUUCAUGACAAGAUGUUUGACAUCAUUUCAGCUGUUAUGAUUCCGUUAAUGUUCAAGUCCGUGAUAAAAUUUGGUGACAGUUCGUUGCUGUCAAGUCGGAUUCAGUUACGUUCACUCGACGAGAAACCUAAUGAUUUUGUGCAGCUUCUGCCCACUGAGUUAGAAAGUUCAUACUUUGACAGGCUCGGUUUGGAUAUAGAGCAAGGGUAUCAUUGGGAUGUGUUUGGUAAUAUACAAACACGUUUCCGACAAUACCGAGAACUUUUUUUGAAUAAUUUAAGUAAGAUGCAGAUAAAGGUGACCACACUGGGAAAUGAUGGUUCAACUCCGUUAUUUGUUUCAUCAUAUAAAGGAUAUAAAGAUUUCGUCGAAUAUCUAGCAGAUAAAUUUACAGAUCAAGUUUUCCAAAGAGAUGAACACAAUAGAUCACCCCUUUAUAUAGCUUGCAAACAAGGACAUGUGGAAGUUGUAAAAACACUGUUGCUCUUUGACAAAGAUGUCCAUCAACUUCAAAAUUGUAACUGUACUCCAUUUUAUAUAUCUUGCCAGAUGGGACAUGUAGAUAUUGCUAAGCUUCUAUUUCAGCACGAUUUAAUAGAUAAAAGUGACAGGAACAAAUAUAAAAAUAGAAAGAGUGCUGCAUUUAAAAAAGACGAGGUAAAAAAAGGUGCACAUGAUAAUCUUAUCAACAAGCCAAUGGAUACAGGAAUAACUCCUUUGAUGGCUGCUUCAUUUAAUGGGCAUACAGACAUAGUUACAUUUCUACUAGAUAUUAAUGUUGCGUUUGAUAGCGCUGAUCAAAAUGAAUCGACCGCCCUUCAUUAUGCCUGUUUAAACAAUCAUGUAGAUAUUGUACUUUUAUUAGUCAGUCAUGGAGCUGAAGUAGAUUCAGUUGAUCACAAGAAUCAAACACCUUUUUAUAUUUCUUGCUGCUAUGGUCACAUGGAUAUAAUCAAACUACUACUUUUUGGUAACGAGCCUAUUAAAAGAAGCAUUGGUAGCAAAAACAGUAUAUCACGUUCAUCGGAUAAUCUCUCAUUAUGUGUUCCUUUCAGUAAUCAUAGUCUUCACAUAAACAAAUGUGUUGAUCUAAAUGUAAGGGAUGUAGGGGGUGAUACCGCUUUACACGCUGCUUGCUUUAACGGACAUUUUGAAGUUGUGAAAUUAUUGAUUCAAAUUGGGAUGAACGUUAAUGCAGGUAACUGUAAAGAAGAAACGCCUCUCCUGAUGGCCUGUGCAAACGGAUUCUUUAAUAUAGCAAAAUUAUUGAUUGAUAAUAAUGCAGAUAUCAAUCAGAGCGAUAAUAAAAAGUUUACACCGUUGUUGUAUGCUUCGAAAUGUAAUUUAGAUACAGUCAAAUUGUUGAUUAAACACAACUGUGACAUCAAUGCUAAAAACUGUUAUGAUAGUACCGCUUUACAUCAAGCAUGUAGCAAUGGGAAUGCACAAAUAGUUGAUAUGCUUAUCUAUAAUAAGGCGAACAUAAACGCAUGCGACAGAGAUGGAAAAACGCCUUUAUUCUAUGCUGCAAGAAAUAAUAAACUUGAUGUUAUAGAACUUAUUAUAAGUCGAGGAGCAAACGUUAAUUAUUGGGAGGAGGGCGGAGUCACUCCACUUCAGGGUGCUUGUAAAUACGGGCACAAAGAUGUAGUAGUCGCUCUCUUAAAGUACAAUUCUGAUGUUAAUGCUGCGCGUUGUCCAAAACUGAAACCCAUAAUCCUAGCAAAAGAAGGCGGUUUUGAUGAUAUCGUAGAAAUUCUAGAGAAACACUUAAAGAAAAUGAAAUGUUAUUAA